GCGCGGGCGGAGCUAGGUCCGAGGCAGGAGGAUGUGGCUGGAGUUCUUCACACCCAGGACCCCGGGGAAGAAAUCCAGAUUCUUGUCGGUGUGCAAUUGGAAGCCACUCAGGGGUUAAUCACAGCGAGAUUUAUCUGAUCCGUUUCAACCGGUAGCUCGGGAAGACAACCAACAAGUCCUCUUUCCCCGCAUUCUGAAGCUCCAGCCAUCGAUCGAACUCCCGCUAGAUGUCCCUGCCCCGGAACCUUGUUACACCGGAACUUUGUUUUACUGGAACCUUGUUUCAGCCGAACUAGAUGCCGAAGUUCCCGUUACUGCCGGACGCAAAUGUAACGGGACGCUUCCGGUUAGGAAUCAUGGCCGCGGCCGUUGGCGACUCACGUGUGAGUGCGGGGAAAAAGCUGAAAAAUUCACUAAGGAAGAAGAAGAGAAUGAAAAUGGUAGUAGCAUCGGAGCUGGGAGAUAAGGACAAAGACGCUUCCGAUAAUGAAGGUUCUCUCGGAAGCUGUGGAUUGGAAAAAGAUCACUUUUCCUCUGGUGAUGACGCAGUAGAAGCUGACAUCGAAGAUGAAGCUGAACCCCGCGAGGAUGACAAUGACAGUGCUGCAGAGGCUAGUGUGGGGACUAACGCGGGCUGGGCAGAUGCCAUGGCUAGAAUCCUGAACAAGAAGAUUCCCGAGAGCAAACCCACCAUCCUGGUCCGAAACAGAGAGCUGGAAAAGGAAAAAGAGAAGUUAAAACAAGAGAGACUAGAGAAAAGGAAACAGCUUGAUAAGAAGCGGGAAUGGGAAAUGAUGUGCAGAGUAAAGCCAGAUGUUGUCAAAGACAAAGAAACGGAGAGAAAUCUUCAGAGAAUUGCUACGAGGGGUGUGGUGCAGUUAUUUAAUGCCGUUCAAAAGCAUCAAAAGAAUGUAGAUGAGAAGGUUAAAGAAGCUGGAGGCUCUAUUAGAAAACGAGCUAAGUUGAUAUCCUCGGUUUCCAAGAAGGACUUCAUCAGUGUUCUGAGAGGGAUGGACGGAAAUGCAAGUGAGAAGACUUCUGCUGGGAAGAACUCGAAAGCCAAACAGUGCUGGACUAGCAAGAAUUCUCUGCAUUCUGUUGCUGCAAGGGCCGUGAUGGUGUUCUUCAACAAGUUAAAGAGAAGAAUGGAGGGAGAAUCAUCAUGUAUUACAUUUAAAAGACUGACAAGGAGUCUGUUUGGUGGUAAAAGCAGCCAUGUGUUUAUAAUCAGUGACCUAUAUGGCUGGCUGUGCAUGUAAUACGUGAGAGAGGGGGUAUUUAUUAUCAUCCCUCACAUUUCAGAAGAGGGAAUUGUCAGGUCACAUAUUCUUUCAGCCCAUUCAGACUGCUCCACCAGAUUAUCACAGACUGGGUGGCUUAAAAACAACAGACAUUCAUUUCUCACGAUGCUGGGGGCUGGGAGUCCAACAUCAGGGCACUGGGAGAUUUGGUAUCUAGAGAGGACCUGCUUCCUGGAUCAUUAGAGGUGCCUUCUUGCUAUGUUCUCACACAGAAGAGAGGCUUAUGUAUGUUUGUGUCAUUUAAGGUUUUAACAGUUUGUGAUACUAAAACAUUGGUAUCUGUUUUCUAGAUAAAUUCACAGCUCUGCUCAUUGGUUAUAAAUCUGAAUUCUCAUUGAUAUGUACUGUGUAAUGUAGCAAAUAAAAAAAUAAUGAUGUACUUUAAGAGACUGAUGGAGUGUAUUCUGAAUAUCUCAUGUUCCUAAUCAAGUAUGAAAGUGUAUAGAGGGCUUGUGUCAAAAGAUUCCUUGAGAUGUUACUUUUGUCCUUUUAGGCAGUUUUGUCAACUUUAACUUAUUAGCAAUCCUUCAGAGAUUAUACACAAUGAAGAAAAUCAGAGUUGCAGGAAUGUUUCCUAAAAUUUAAUUCUGUGGAGCUGGAUGGAUGCAAGUUAGAAUAGAAGAAACCAGAAAGAGUCUUUGUUGAGCAAGGACGUAAGUGUUAAUUAAGUCCAUAGUUAAGUCAAGGGCAGCAAAUGGAAUUAAAAAAUAAAAAACAGUAUGUGGAUGAAAAAAAAAUGCAUUGAAGAAGCGUAUUUUCCAGGAGCAUGAGGCCUGAAUUCUUGGAAAGCCAGGCAGAAUUUGUUUUUCUUAGAGAGCUCUGUACAUUUAAUGUAUGCUUAGGCUAUAAUUAAAGGUGAUGUGAUUUCAGCAUCUUGAUCUUUUUUUACCUGGGAUAUACUCCUAAAUGCUUUUUUCUAGUUUGCUAGGAUCUUAGAAAUUAUCCAUCUGAAUUGGUAAUCUAUAUGAGAAUCUGGAAACAACAAAAAGUUAAUAAAAAUGAAGCUCAGGUGGGCUUGUUGACAGAAUACCAUCAUGGUAAGACAGGUAAAAGAACUGAAAAAGCCUGUGAAGGAAGGAGAAGGCAAA